CGCUAUGGUCCGAAAGUAGAUCGGCCUGACUUUGACGUUGCGUCAUCCGUACUGCCGUAGUAACGUAGGGCGGCGCUGCUGUCUUCGGCGGGUUUCUUCCUGUUCGGAUGUUAGAUGACUCGUGAAGUUCUGAGGGUCCACUAGGAACCUCUCCUGCGUCCGUGUUUGUGGCCGGUGCUGUGACGCAGCAGGGUCAGAAUGACGCAGAGCGAGUUCUGUCUCUGCGUCCUCAGUUACCUGCUUCUUCUGGCGGAAGGCAGACCUCUGGAGCCCACCCAGGUGUUUGCAGCUGUUCGUGCCAACGCUGUGCUGCCGUGUGCUGUCAGCCUAUCGGAAGUCACGGUGCUGGAGUGGCUACACCUGCGGGGCUCAGCCAGGUUGUCGCUCCAUGCUUUUCUGGAUGGAAAGCAGCUGAUGGAGGACCAGACCCCUGAGUACAAGGACAGGACGUUCCUGAAGGAGGACGGGUCUCUGACGCUGCAGCACGUCCACCAAAACGACACCGGAGAGUACCGGUGUGUCUUCAGGACAGGAAUCACCAGGACUUUCCAGGAAGCGAAAGUCUCUCUGAUUGUCGUCCAGCUGUCGGACGUUUCCGUGAAGAUCCAUCGUAGCCCCACCAGAGGGCUGGUGUUGGAGUGUGAGGGCAGCAGCUGGGGACGGAAGUUGGACGUCUCCAUACGGGACGUCCAGGGCAACGUCCUCGCCAACAAGACUGGGAUGCAGGAAGUCCCUGACGGCCUCCACACGGCGGUGGUGAGAGUGGCUGAAGACGAACAGACGGAGGACGUGGUGUUGGUCUGCAGAGCAGAGGUCUCUGAGGUGAAGCUGGUGAAGGAGACCAAGAUCUGGAUCACAGAUGACUUCAGAGCCGCAGCAGCUCCCGGAGGUUCUCUGGUCUUCCUGUUGGUCCUGAUUGUGUUCGGUGCUGUGGGACUCUGCCUUUUCAUCUGCCCGUGGAACGUCAGGACCAAGGCUGCGCACCAGAUUUCUGAGUUUCUCUGCAGGAUGUGCAGCCGGAUGGAAGAGGGCUUCCAAGACAUUUCGACCUCAGACAAACCCGGGGAACUAACAGAAUACAGAACGCUGAGCCAGAUGACAGCAAAGGGAGCCUCCAACCGUGAGACCGGAUGGCAGAGCAGCGUGGAAAUGUCUAGAAGGUUGGCAGAGCAGGACCUGCAGCGCUUGUCCCCGUAUAAAAAUGACAUCCUGGACGUGGGACGAGAGCUCCACUUCCACCCCGCCCUCAUCGCUGCCAUCAUUUCCAGACAGUCCAGGGCUGGGGAGGAGCUGAAAGAAGACGGCUACGGGAAGCACGACCCAAACGCCUUUGGGCUCAUGCAGAUCAGUAAGAACUUUCAUGUCCUGAAGGGAGAACCUUUCAGCAAAGUUCACAUCGAUUCAGGAACCACAUACCUAAUCCACCUCAUCAAGACCAUGACACAGCAGAAAUCAGAUUGGACGCUGGAGCGGCAGCUGAAAGGAGCGCUGGUCGGGUACAUCAGUGGGAUUGAAAAAGUUCUUGCAGUUGCCACUGAGGAGCUGGACCUGGACAGCCUGACACCAACUCAAGACUUUACUAAUGAUGUCAUCGCCAGAGCCCAGUUCUUCGCCGAGAGAGAGUACCAGAUCUGACCCAACCUGUUCUUGCCUAAAUUGGGCUUGUUGGAGCCUAGAAACAGAACCAGAACCGCAAAUGGACCUGCGUACAUUUACAGAACAGGCACUUCUACUGAGCCUGUAGUUAAUGCAGAGGAGAUCUAACCAGUGGAAAUGUGAAACCUGGAACUCCCAGGUUUAUUUUUAGAUUUUAGGGGCUGGUUAGCUCGGCUCUGACAUUGUGCUGAUCUCUGAUGGAUGUAGAGACGUGCAAGGACUGGGUGGUGGCUUAUGGUCUGUCUAUGGUGCUAGUUGAUUUGUGCCGUCUGGGCUACCUGGAGCUCCCGGGUCAACUAGACCAGCUCGGUGGCCUAGUGGUAGAGUGUCCGCCCUGGGACUGGGAGAUCGGGAUUCGAUUCUCGGUUGGGUCAUACCAAAGACUUUAAAUGCCUCCCUGCUUGACACUCAGCUUUAAGGGUUAAACCACCAAAUGGUUCCCGAGUGCAGCCACCACUGCAGCUCACCGCUCGCCUCCAUGGGGACGGGUCAAAUGCAGAGGUGAAUUUCACCAGUGUGUGAGGAUGACUAUGGGACUUUAACUACCGUAGCCACUCUGCACCAGCCGCCACACAGAGUUAGUCCGAGGGAGUUUUGAGGUCUUCCCGGGUCACACGGGCUGUUGUGCAGGAGUUGUGUGAAUGUUCCUACCCCAGCUUAGCCACACAGUGUCUUAUUUAGAGCACAUUCCCUUCUGGGUCGACUCGGUCCGGUCUUGGUUGGGUCGUCCCUUCUCUGCGAGGUCUGGUUUUGUUCACACAUCCUUCACAGGGAUGCAGGUGUCUCCGAGCAUGUGGGCAGGACAAAAGACACACAGAAGUCUGUGGUGUCCUCCUUAAUUCAGUUUAUUUCUAAAGCGCCAAAUCACGCCCAGUCGUCUCAAGGACCGUCACACAGUAAACAUUCCAGUGCAGGUCAGGUCAUUAAGCCAAUCAGUAACAAGUUUACUUUAUAGGAUAGGGUUAGGACAGAAUGUCACUUUGGGUUGUCUAACUUGAAUAUUUGACUCAAGAAGCAAUUUUGCAGAUGUUUGAAACGGGUGGUGACACCAUUGUCACCACGGGUCCUUUAGCCCCGCCCAUGUGCUUAGAGAUUUCCGUGUUCCUGAGAAUGAUUUGUAAACAAAACCUGGCCGUGCAGAGCCAGGUUGAUGUUACCAAGACCGAGGUGGACUGGUCCACAUGAAGAGUUAACUACCUGAAAGAUUACCCAGAUGAACACAUUUACCCUACCGGGGCUAGACCGGGCCGACCCACCUGUGAAUACUGGCUCUUCACGCUUCUCUCACCCUCAGGCCCUGUCAGGCAGCUGAUGGCGGCUGUCGCUUACAUCCGUGAGCAUAUUUGAUAUGCUCUAAAUGACGAUUUCACCUCCCCGUUCCUUAAUGUGAUUAAACCAGAUUCAUGUGUAACAGUUACACAUUAGUGUUACAUGUUACACAUUAGUGUAACACUGUUACAUGUAACAGUUACAUGUUAAUGUUGCAUGUAACAUGUAACUGUUACAUGUAACAGUCACAUGUUACACGUUAAUGUUGCAUGUAACCUGUAACAGUUACACGCUAGUGUUACAUGUAACAGUUACAUGUUACAUUAACAUGUAACUGUUACAUGUUAGUGUUACAUGUAACAGUUACAUGUUACACUAACAUGUAACAGUUACAUGUUAAUGUUGCAUGUAACAUGUAACUGUUACACGUUAGUGUUGCAUGUAACAUGUAACUGUUACAUGUUACACUAACAUGUAACAGUUACAUGUUAAUGUUGCAUGUAACAUGUAACUGUUACAUGUUACAUUGGUAACGUGUAACUGUUAAUGAUGACAUGUAACAGUUACACGUUAGUGUAACAGUUACACGUUAGCGUGACUGUUACAUGUAACUGUUACAUGUUACAUUGGUAACGUGUAACUGUUAAUGAUGACAUGUAGCAGUUACACGUUAGUGUGACUGUUACAUGUAACUGUUACAUGUUACAUUGGUAACGUGUAACUGUUAAUGAUGACAUGUAACAGUUACACGUUAGUGUAACUGUUACAU